CGCAUGUUCAUCACAAGUGCUGCCUGCACUCCGCCAAACAUCUAACAUCCACUGCACCGUUUGCACGGCAAAAGUCAGCCUGCUUCGCGCAGAUUCGGAUUUGCAGCAACACUGAAACCGGGCAAGUUUUCCUCAGCACGCCAGCAGUGUUGGAUAUUCGCAGGUAAUUGCAGUUCUUCUCCGACGCUGGGUCGACAUGCUGGGGAUCUGCGUGUGUCUUUGUGCGGUGUUCACACAUGUUCUCUCUCAGGAGGCUGAGGAGCCCAUCUCCUACACAUGCACAGAGGGCUAUGAGUAUGACAGUAGCAGAGAGCAGUGCAGAGACAUCGACGAAUGUGCCUUGUUAGAUGAUGCCUGCAAAGGAGGGAUGCAGUGUAUCAACCACUUUGGCGGAUACCUCUGCCUCCCCAAGAGCGCCGUCAUCUACAUCAGUAAGGAAGGAGAGCAGGUGCCACUGCCUGACCCGGUCCCUCCUGCCCCCGCCGUCCCACCCAGCCAGCCUCAGGUCCCUCGGGUGAAUUCUGGCGGGCAGAGGGUCCCUCAGGGGGGCCGGACCAUUCGCUGUGCACCCGGAUUCACUGCAGAUGACCAGAACCUCUGCAGAGACAUAGAUGAAUGCGCGACUGGCCGACACACUUGUGGGCCUGAGCAGACGUGCGUCAACACCAGGGGCUCCUACACGUGCCAGUGUCCUUCAGGCUACCAGAGGAACGGUGACCACUGUACCGACAGAGACGAGUGUUCCCUGACCCACUACUGCAUGCACAGAUGUGUGAACACCCCGGGCUCGUACUACUGCGAGUGCAAUGCAGGUCACAAGUUGGCCAGCAACAACCACAGCUGUGUUGAUGUGAAUGAAUGUGACGUGCAGAGUCCCUGUCAGCAUCACUGCUACAACCUGAUUGGCUCCUUCCUCUGCCAGUGUGACCACGGCUACGAGCUGGCACAAGACAUGGUCUCCUGCCAAGACAUUGAUGAAUGCAGCUUGUCCAGCUACAUGUGUCAGUACCAGUGUGUUAACAGCCCAGGAAGUUACUCCUGUGAGUGCCCACAAGGAUAUCAGCUGCAGGGGAACAGGUUGUGUCAAGACAUAAAUGAGUGUGAGACAGGGACCCAUAACUGCCAAGAUGAUGAAACGUGCUGGAACUAUUAUGGAGGCUUCCGCUGCUAUCCCAGAAACCCCUGCGAGGCGCCUUACACUCAGACCUCUGAAAAUCGCUGUAUCUGUCGAUCUCAGAUCGACUGCCAGGGUCUCCCACCGUCAAUUGUCUACAAAUACAUGAGCAUCCAGGCGGACCGGACUGUGCCAGCGGACAUCUUCCAGAUUCAAGCCACCAACAUAUAUGCCAACACACACAACACCUUCAGGAUUAAAUCUGGGAAUGAGGCGGGAGAAUUUUUCCUUCGGCGCUCCAGCAAUGUGAGCGCCAUGCUGGUGCUCACCAAGCCUCUGUCAGGCCCCCGGGAGUACGUCGUGGACCUGGAGAUGAUCACUCACCAUCUGACCAUGAACUACCGCUCCAGCUCACUGCUGCGGCUCACCGUCAUAGUGGGGCCCUACGCCUUCUGAGCGGCGCGUUGCCCACCAGCCCGCAUAACUCUGGUUCAGCAAACAUAGCGGUGUAACACAGCAGACGCCUGUAUCAGCAUAACAUACUUUACAUUUUCAUACAGCACAUGCAUACAACAUAUAACAUAGGCUGCUUCAGACUCAAACAGCAGCACAGCAGUUCCAAUAUGCUUGCUCAAGUCAGACCACCUCUUGCUAUAAUGUGACCACUGGGCAUCUUUUUCCGUCGACGCGCUGAUUUACGGCUUCGGUGUCUCCAGGAAGCACUGAACUUCAAACAUAGGACUUAAUAAAACAUUUUUAACUUUAAAGUUGAAUGAUUUCUGACAGAUUUUUGAAGAAGAAAGAUGCUGAAUGCAGCAUUUUCCCUCGUAGCGGUUGUUUGCAAUUCUCCCCCCCAACCCGAACAAUUGGGAGCAAAGUAGGGGCACUCAGGAAAAGAGGCCUAGUGGACACACAUCGUAAGUGUGAUGAAUUUUUAAUGCAGCUGUAACUACAUUUAUCAGUUUGUUCAAACCACAAGUGCUUACAAUAACCUGUGUGUGCAUCAGUUGUAAGAAAGAGAGACAAUCUAUAGAAAUGACAGACACUCAGUAUGAACAGCUUUUGAUACAAAAAUAAUUUACAGACCUUGUAAAUCACAGCUUCUGUUGAUAAAUGUUAGCGGUUAGUGCUGCUGCGCCAUGCUAUUUGUGCAAGUUUCUGUAUAGUUUGCCUCAUGAGUAAUAAUUUCCAGAGAAGUCCAGGAACAGUUCAAAAGUGUAAAGGGAGGGAAUUAGCCUGUGAGUUGAGAAAGUACUAAACUUUGUAUUACAACUUACAGCUCGAUGCUCGUUGACGUUGCUCACAAGAGUUAAGUCAUGUACAUACCUAGGUAACAAAUCUGUGUGUUUAUGUGUGUGUGGAUGUUUCUUGUGAGCGAGUGUGUGCGCGCGACUGGCUUUGUUUAUGCAUGCAAGCAAAUGUAAGUGUGAAGCACAGAGGGAGAGAAAGGGAAAGAGUGAGAAGGAGCUUGUUCUCUGCCUCGGCUUCGGUGGAUGUGGUCGAGCUGUUUAUGCGUUUCUGUGAUGCCAUCCUAACAGCUUUCGCUCGCAGAGGCAAUAACAGAGAUUUUUGAACUCGAGAACACGUACGGGAAACGGCGGCUUUCAUAACACACCUUGGCGAAUUGACCGCUCGUUGGUGCCACAGCGAUUCUCCAGAGGAACAGCUGGACUUUCUAAUGUCGGUCCCAGUCAAGAAGUCACACUGGCACCAGGCUGGCUUGCGUGAUAAAGAUAAUUACAGUGUUUCGCCCCGUAGCCGGUUCAUGCGCGACACAGGGGAUUAUUAAAGUGUUAAUACAAUGCCACCAGACUUUUGGCAGAAUGAGAAAUCUUUCACUACCUGCUUUGCCUUUCAUGACUCCACGUGUCUGCUCUGGCUUAUUGCUGAAACACUGUAAACUGUUGACACCCAGCACUGAAAACCACAUUGAAAACCAACAUGUUGUCACCACUCUGUAAGCGUAGAAAGUUAUGCAACUUUGCCUAUAACUCUUUUAUGUGGUUUCAGCAGUGAUCAUGCCAUUGUGCCUUAGAGGUAUAAAUACACAAAACAAAAUGUAACACUAAUCUAAUCAUUUAUGCUGUCAAGACUGUUAACUUUCUUCAGUGAGAUGCCUUAAUGUUUUUUUUUUUCUCUUCUAUUUAAAAUAUAUUUUGUCAUAUGUAUCUUAUAUUGAUUGUACUCUGAAGAGCAAAAGUUAUAUUGUUGAAUAAAAUAUGAUGUAUAAAUGGG